AUGUCACCGAGUAAGUCUGACAACCGAGUCCCUCCCACCGAGAGAUUAAGCAACAUCCAGCGCCUCUCGCGAAAAUCAUCUGUUGAGCGCGUCUCCAAUUACCAUAUCACAGCGGAAACGAACCCCGCUAAAUCAAUCUCAUCCCUACAUCUUGCUCACCACAAUGACUCACUACAUACUACAAACGACACCGUGUAUCACUUCCAUAUCUCCCCCGCGCUGAACAACACAACACAAGAUCAUGACUCACGCACUGGUCGUGCCUCGCCUAGUGUCUAUGCACGAGGAGCCGAGGAGGCGUCAUCAGCACCGCGCUCCCAGUGGACAGCUCCCCAAGCUAACCUGCUUCCCAAAACCCCGCCUGUCGUCAUGUCUGAGAAUGGUCAUCGUGUGCUGUAUGUGUACUUACAAAAUAGCAACAGCAACAACAACAAUAAUCAAAACAACAACAACGACGAAAUCUAUGGAAAUGAAGAUACAAUUGAGGCCAUAGUUCAAAUGAGUGGAGAGAGUUUGGACGCCGACUUGACACGCGAGACGUGCUCGCCCACCUCCCCCCGGGGACCCGCGCCACUAGUGGACGGUCAGUUCGCAGAGACGCCCUCCGUUAGCGGCGGCAGCCCUGCCUGCUCAGACAGACUGAAUGCCAACGGGGGAGCCGCACGCUCGCAAUUAAAUUCCGGUAAACGGGUGUCAUUAUCCGAGCUAGGUGUCAGUCAGCCAAGGGUGCAGCUGGGGGUCGAGGGCAGGGAGCAGGGGGCGGGGGCGGACACGGACAUGGAAGGAAGGAGAGAGGGACAGAAGGUGUGGGAUAUUGAAGGAAACACAAAGACAGACAGGGAGCAGGCGGACAUGCGACAGGCGAAAAGACCUGAAGGGCUCGAGGGAACACAAGAGGAGGAGUGGGAUGAAAUGAAAGACAGUGAAGAGUUGGAAUGGGAGGAGGAGAGCGAGCUGGAUGAGGAUGAAAGUCAGGCAGACAGAGGGAUCCUAGAGGAAGAAGGGACAGAGGCCGAAAAAGAAGAUGAGGAUGAGGAAGACGAAGAUAGAUUGUCAGACGAAGGACUGCCACAGGUGGGCCGGGCACGUCGCGCCGCCAACCGCCAGCCCCGCUUCUCCCUGCCCAACUACCAGGUCCAGGUGGCGGAGAACCAGCCCCCGGGCACCUCCGUGAUGGUCAUGAGCGCGGACGACCCGGACGGGGGUGAGGCGGGCAGGGUGACCUACAGCAUGGCCCCGCUGAUGAACAGCCGCUCCAUGGACUACUUCCACAUCGACCCCGUGUCCGGCCUGCUCACUACCUCCCACAUCCUGGACAGAGAGCACAUGGACCUGCACUACUUCCGGGUCACGGCCACCGACCACGGCUCCCCACGCCUCUCCGCCACAACCAUGGUCACAAUCACCGUGGCCGACCGCAAUGAUCAUCCGCCCGUCUUCGAGCAGACCGAGUACCGGGAGACCAUCCGGGAGAACGUUGAGGAGGGGUAUCCCAUCCUCCAGCUGCGUGCCACAGAUCUGGACUCCCCCUCCAACGCGGAGAUCCGGUACCGCUUUGUGGGCGAGGGGGCGGCCCUGGCUCGCACGGCCUUCGAGGUGGACCCUCGCUCGGGCCUGAUCACCACGCGAGGCGUGGUGGACCGGGAGGCCAACGAGCGCUACACCCUCACCGUGGAGGCCAGCGACCACGGCAGGGAGCCGGGCCCGCGCUCGGCCACCGUCAACGUGCACAUCACGGUGCUGGACGAGAAUGACAACGUGCCGCAGUUCAGCCAGAAGCGCUACGUGGUGGCGGUGCGCGAGGACGUGCGCCCCCACUCGGAGAUCCUGCGCGUCAGCGCCUCGGACCGCGACAAGGACGCCAACGCCGUGGUGCACUACAACAUCAUCAGCGGCAACAGCCGCGGGCAGUUCGCCAUCGACAGCGUGACGGGGGAGGUGCAGGUGGUGGCGGCGCUGGACUACGAGGCCGAGCGCGAGUACACGCUGCGGGUGCGGGCGCAGGACAACGGCCGCCCACCCCUCUCCAACAACACCGGCAUCGUGAGCGUCCAAGUCACCGACGUCAACGACAACCCGCCGAUCUUCGUGUCCACGCCUUUCCAAGCCACGGUCCUCGAGAGCGCCCCCAUAGGACACUCCAUCCUCCACAUCCAGGCCAUCGAUACGGACUCUGGGGACAACGCUCGGCUGGAGUACAGACUCACGGGCACGGGGACGGACACGCCAUUCCUCAUCAACCCGGCCACGGGCUGGGUGACGGUCAGCUCCGAGCUGGAUCGCGAAUCCGUGGAGCACUACUUCUUCGGGGUGGAGGCCCGAGACUACGGCGCCCCGCCGCUCUCCGCCACGGCCAGCGUCACCAUCACCGUCAUGGACGUGAACGACAACCGGCCCGAGUUCCUGCAGCGCGAGUACCACGUGCGCCUGAACGAGGACGCGGCCGUGGGGACCAGCGUGGUGACCGUCACGGCUGUGGACCGGGACGUGAACAGCGCCGUCACCUACCAGAUCACAGGCGGCAACACCAGGAACCGCUUCGCCAUCAGCACGGCGGGCGGGGCGGGUCUGGUGACGCUGGCACUGCCCUUGGACUACAAGCAGGAGCGGCGAUAUGUGCUGACAGUCACUGCCUCCGACCGCACCUUGCAUGACACCUGCCAGGUGCACGUGAACAUCACGGACGCCAACACGCACCGGCCCGUCUUCCAGAGCGCCCACUACGCCAUCAGCGUCAACGAGGACCGUCCUGUCGGCUCCACCGUGGUGGUCAUCAGCGCGACGGACGAGGACGUGGGCGAGAACGCGCGCAUCACCUACUUCCUGGAGGACAACAUCCCGCAGUUCCGCAUCGACCCGUCCAGCGGCGCCAUCACGCUGCAGGCCGAGCUGGACUACGAGGACCAGAUGACCUACACCUUGGCCAUCACAGCGCGCGACAACGGCAUCCCGCAAAAGUCCGACACCACCUACGUCGAGGUGAACGUGAAUGACGUCAACGACAACGCCCCGCAGUUCCUGAGCCCGCGCUACCAGGGCGGCGUGAGCGAGGACGCGCCGAGCUUCACCAGCGUUCUCCAGAUCUCCGCCACCGACCGCGACUCCUCCACCAACGGGCGCGUGCAGUACACCUUUCAGAACGGCGAGGACGGUGACGGAGACUUCACCAUCGAGCCCACGUCCGGUAUAGUGCGCACCAUGCGCCGGCUUGACCGCGAGAGCGUUCCCUUCUACGAGCUCACGGCCUACGCCGUGGACCGCGGAGUUCCGCCGCAACGCACGCCUGUCCACAUCCAGGUGACGGUCACGGAUGUCAAUGACAAUGCGCCCGUCUUCCCUGCAGACGACUUUGAGGUCCAGGUAAAGGAGAACAGCGCGGUGGGCAGCGUGGUGGCUCAGAUCACGGCCACCGACCCUGACGAGGGCCCCAACGCCCAGAUCAUGUACCAGAUCGUGGAGGGCAACAUCCCCGAGAUCUUCCAGAUGGACAUCUUCUCCGGCGAGCUCACCUCCCUCAUCGACCUGGACUACGAGGUCCGCAACGAGUACGUCAUCGUGGUGCAGGCCACCUCGGCGCCGCUCGUCAGCCGCGCCACCGUGCGCAUCAAGCUGGUCGACCAGAACGACAACGCGCCCACGCUGCGCGACUUCCACAUCAUCUUCAACAACUUCGUGUCCAACCGCUCCAACACUUUUCCCAGCGGCGUGAUCGGCCACGUGCCGGCCCACGACCCGGACGUGUCGGACCGGCUCUACUACACCUUCGACCGGGGCAAUGAGCUGCACCUGCUGCUCCUGAACAAGACCAGCGGCGAGCUGCGGCUCAGCCGGAAGCUGGACAACAACCGGGCCCUGGUGGCAGUCAUGGACAUCACCGUCACCGACGGCGUCCACAGCGUGUCGGCCAAGUGCACCCUGCGCGUGCUGAUCAUCACGGAGGACAUGCUGAGUAGCAGCGUGACGGUGCGUCUGCAGAACAUGUCCCAGGAGCACUUCCUGUCCCCGCUGCUGGGCCGCUUUGUGGAGGGCGUGUCGGCCGUGCUGGCCGUGGGGGCGGAGGACGUGUUCGUGUUCAACGUGCAGCCGGACGCGGAGGCCAGCGGGGUGCUGAACGUGUCCUUCUCAGCGGCGCUGCCGGGCGGCCAGUACUUCCCAUCGGAGGCCCUGGAGGAACAGCUCUACCUCAACAGGCCCAAGCUCAACACACUGGUGCAGAUGGAGGUCCUGCCGUUCGAUGACAACGUGUGUCUGCGCGAGCCGUGCCAGAACUACAUGAAGUGCAUCUCCGUCAUGCGCUUCAAUAGCUCCGCCCCCUUCAUCGCCUCGCCCUCCAUCCUCUUCCGGCCCAUCCACCCAAUCACGGGCCUGCGCUGCAGAUGCCCGCCCGGCUUCACGGGGGACUACUGCGAGACCGAGAUCAACCUCUGCUACUCCAACCCCUGCCUCAACGGAGGAGUGUGCGCACGCCGGGAAGGGGGCUUCACCUGCAUCUGCAGAGAAGACUACACAGGUGAGCGUUGUGAGUGGGACCGGCGCGCUGGCCGCUGCAUGGCGGGUGUGUGUCGUAACGGAGGCACGUGCAGGGAGCUGAGUGGUGGCGGUUUCCGUUGUGAGUGCCCAUCGGGCGGCUACGAGAGACCCUACUGCUCGAUCACCACGCGCUCCUUCCCGCCCAAGACCUUCAUCAUGUUCAGGGGACUACGCCAGCGCUUCCACCUCACCAUCUCCCUCUCCUUUGCCACUCUGGAGAGCAACGGGCUGCUGUUCUAUAAUGGCCGCUUCAAUGAGAAGCACGACUUCUUGGCCCUGGAGAUCAUAGAGGGGCAGGUGGUGCUCAAAUACUCCACAGGUGAGUCGUCCACGCAGGUGAGCCCCUUCAUGCCAGGGGGCGUGAGCGAUGGCAACUGGCACAGCGUCCACAUCCACUACUACAACAAGGUGAGACCUCCGAAGCGUGGCAUGAGUGGGGAGGUGCAGGGUCCGUCGGAUGAGAAGGUGGCGGUGGUGAGUGUGGACGACUGUGACACGGCCAUGGCCCUCCGCUUCGGCCCCCAGCUGGGCAACUACAGCUGUGCCUCACAGGGACGCCAGAGCAGCACCAAGAAGUCUCUGGACCUGACGGGGCCCUUGUUCCUGGGAGGGGUCCCCAACAUGGCGGCCAGCUUCCCCUUCAGCACGCGGGAGUUUAUUGGCUGCAUGAAGGACCUGCACAUCGAUAACAAACUCCUGGACCUGGCCGGAUACAUCGCCAACAAUGGCACCCAGCCAGGCUGCAGCGCCAAGUUGGCCUUCUGUAAAUCAAACCCCUGCCAGAACGGGGGCACCUGCCGCGUCAGCUGGGAGACCUUCUCCUGUGACUGCCCCCUGGGGUUCGGAGGCAAGGACUGCAGCCACGUCAUGCCCCACCCCCACCGCUUCCUGGGUAACAGCGCCCUCUGGUGGGACCUGAAGAACGACGUGACCAUCUCCACGCCCUGGUACCUGGGCCUGGUGUUCCGCACGCGCGCCAAGGAGGGGGUGCUGCUGCAGGCCCAGGCCGGCCAGUACACCAGCCUCAUCUUCCAGCUGAUAGCGGGCCAGCUGGUGUUCUCGGUGGCCAAGGGGACCACGCGGCCCGUGCGUCUGCGUCUGGACCAGGUGCAGGUGUGUGACGGCCGCUGGCACGACCUCCAGAUGGAACUCCGGGACGUCAGGAGCGGCCGAGAGACCCGAUACGUGGCCACGCUACGCCUCGACUUCGGACUCUACCAGGGCACGGUGAUAGUGGGUAAUGAGAUCCACGGGCUGAAGGUGAAGCACCUGCAUGUGGGGGGAGUGCUGGGCUCCGGAGAGGUGCAGAGUGGCAUACGAGGCUGCAUCCAGGGGGUGCGUUUGGGGGUGCGUCCCGAUUCUCCUCCUCUGCCUCGGCCGUCCCGGUCAGUGAAGGUGGAGACUGGCUGCCCUGUCGGAGACGCCUGCCUCUCUUCUCCUUGCCCCGCCCACAGCAGGUGCGCUGACGAAUGGGAGAAGCACACGUGCAUCUGCGAGCCAGGCUUCUAUGGUAAGAGCUGCAUGGAUGCCUGCCAGUUGAACCCGUGUGAGAACGAUGCCCAGUGCCACCGGAAGCCCAGUUCGUCCCAUGGAUACGUCUGUGACUGUGGAGACAACCACUACGGACAGUACUGCCAACACAGGAUUGAGCAGCAGUGUCCUCGCGGCUGGUGGGGGAGCCCCACCUGUGGGCCCUGUCACUGUGACACCAGCAAAGGCUUUGAUCCCGACUGCAACAAGACCAGCGGACUCUGCCACUGCAAGGAGUUCCAUUUCCGUCGUCGGGGCAGUGACACCUGUCUGCCGUGUGACUGCUACCCCGUGGGCUCCUUCUCGCGGUCAUGUGACCUGGAGAGUGGCCAGUGCCAGUGUCGCUCGGGUGUGAUUGGCCGACAGUGCAACAUGUGUGACAACCCCUUCGCAGAGGUCACCCAGACGGGGUGUGAAGUGAUAUAUGACGGUUGUCCUAAGACCAUUACUCUGGGGAUCUGGUGGCCCAGGACUAAAUUUGGUCUGCCUGCUGUAGUGCCCUGCCCCAGAGGCUCUGUUGGUGCUGCUAUCCGCCACUGUGAUGUGGAGCGUGGUUGGCUGGAGCCGGAUCUCUACAACUGCACCUCUCCUCCGUUUGUGGAGCUCAACACCGCGCUGGAGUCGGUGGAGCGCAACGAGACGGAGCUCAACACCAUCGUCCAGAAGCGGCUAGCCCAUCAGCUGAGGGACGUCACCGAGGCCACCGCCCGUUACUACGGCAACGACGUGGCCAUCGCCGACCGCCUGCUGUCCCGGCUCCUGACCUUCGAGACGCUCCAGACGGGCUUCGGCCUCACGGCCACGCAGGACGCCCACUUCAACGAGAAUAUCCUGCGAGGCUGCAGUGCUCUGAUUGGUCCAGAGAGUGCCAGUCUGUGGAGGGGGCAGGGCUUGCAGGCCCAGGGAGCCUCUGUAUUGGCUGAGCUGCUGGACCAGUACACGCGCACGGUGGCCAAGAACAUGAAGCAGACCUACCUCAACCCCGUGGCCCUGGUGGCCCCCAAUAUAGUGAUGACUCUAGAUCGUUUGGAGAACCACACCCACGUGCGGAGGCGGUUCCCUCGCUACCACAACACCAUGUUCCGGGGCCAGGCUCUCUGGGACCCCCACACACAUGUGGUACUGCCCCCAUCUGCCCUGGUACCACAGAAACACCCCUAUUUCUCCGCUCCCCCACCUCCUCCUCCUCCCGCCCCAUCGGGUAUGACAACCAAUCAGACGCCAGAAGCCAUUGCUGCCCGGCGCUCUGAUUUGCAGCAGGAGCCGCCAUUCACCAUUAUCAUCGUCCUCAUCUACAGAAGCCUGGGGGCGGCCCUCCCUUCCAAAUAUCACACAGACCGCAGAGGAGUCAGACUGCCUCGGCACCCUGUGAUGAACUCCCCGGUGGUGAGCGUGAGUGUCUUCACCAACCAGUCGUUCGUGGAGGGCCCCCUGGACUCCCCCGUCUACCUGGAGUUCCGACUGCUGGAAACGGCCAAUCGCAGCAAGCCCCUGUGUGUGCAGUGGACCAACACCACUUCACAUCCGUGUGGCGGCUGCUGGCUGGUGAAGGACUGCAGUGUGGUGUACAGGAACAUGUCUCAUGUCCGCUGCCAGUGCCAGAGGCUGGGCACCUUCGGGGUGCUGAUGGACAGCUCCCAGCGAGAGCAGCUGGAGGGUGACCUGGAGAUGCUGGCGGUCAUCACCUACACCACCAUCGUCAUGUCCAUGGUGGCCCUGCUGGUCACCGUGCUGGUGCUGUCCUGCCUGCGCGGCCUCAAGUCCAACACGCGCAGCAUCCACGCCAACAUGGCCGCCGCCACACUGCUCUCCCAGCUCACCUACCUGCUGGGCAUCAACCAGACUGAACACCAGUUUCUGUGCACAGUGGUGGCCAUCCUCCUGCACUACUUCUUCAUGGUGGUGUUUGGCUGGCUGUUCGUGGAGGCGCUACACGUGUACCGCAUGCAGACGGAGGUGCGCAACAUCAACUACGGAGCCAUGAGGUUCUACUACGCUAUUGGCUGGGGAGUACCUGCCAUCAUCACAGGUCUGGCGGUGGGUCUUGACCCCGAGGGUUACGGCAACCCUGACUUCUGCUGGAUGUCCAUGUACGACAAGCUCAUCUGGAGCUUCGCCGGGCCCGUCGUCAUCGUCAUCCUGUUGAAUGGUGGGCUAUUUGUGAUGGUGGUGCGUAUAAUCUGUAAUCCCACUCAGAAGGAGACCAAGACGCUACCCAUCAUUGCCACUAUCCGCAGUGCCUUCCUGCUACUGCUGCUGUCUGCGUGUGUGUGGUUCUUUGGUCUGAUGGCUGUCAACAACAGCAUCCUGGCCUUCCACUACCUCUUCUGCGUGCUCUGCAGCAUACAGGGCUUAGCGGUGCUGCUGGUAUUUACGGCGCUAAACUCGGAGGUGCAGGAGGCCUGGCGGCUGGUGUGUUUGGGGAAGAAGGGCCCCAGCGAAGACCCACCCAGACCACCACAGGCAGCGGGCCAGGCUCAGUUUAACGGGGCCUCCCUCCUGGAGCAGAGUGGACUGCACCGCAUCACCCUGGGCACCUCCACCAUCUCCUCCGUCAGCAGCGCACGAGAAAAUCUGUUGGCCCGCCAGACGCUCGAGCACACUCUGGGACACACGGGAGCAACAGACCUGGACGUGGCCAUGUUCCACAGAGAUGGAGGGGAGGACUCGGACUCUGACUCGGACCUGUCUCUGGAGGAAGAGCGUAGUCUGUCCAUCCCGUCCUCCGAGAGCGAGGACAACGUGCGCUUGCGAGGCCGCAUCCAGCGCCGCUUCAAACGCUCCAAUCACAGAGAGAGGCUGCUCACAGAGCCCACCCAGAACGGCACCAAAGACCUGGAUGGGAAUGACCUGCUGUCCUAUUGGCCUGCUCUAGAGGAGUGCGAUUCCCACUCGCUGCAGAAGUGGGGCUCUGAGCGCCCCCUGGGGGCUGACUACAGCAAGGACGCUGCCAACAACAACAACCAGCCGGACGCAGCGCUCACCAGCGGUGACGAGAACGGACUCACGCCCUCACAGAGGCAUCGCAAGGGCAUUCUGAAGAACCGCCUGGGCUGCCCUCCCGCCCUGCAGGGCCUGUCGUCGGUGGGCCGCGUCCCCAGCGAGCUCUCCUGGUACCGCACCUCCACGCUGGGCCACCGCGGCGUCCCCGCCGCCUCCUACGGCCGCAUGUGCUCGGGCUCCCUCUCCCAGCCCGCCUCCCGCUACUCCUCCCGGGAGCAGCUGGACUCCCUGGCCCGCCGGCAGCGCUCGCGAGACAACCUGGACCUCCUGCCCCGGCGCCGGGAGCUGGGCGGGUCGCGGGAGCGGCUGGGGGGCCCCACGCACAGCGCCCACGCCUCACGCGAAGACUUGGCUGCCCCCAUGCUCGACGGCGGCGGCGGUGGCGUCGCUGGUGGCUAUCGGGGCCACUACGGGUCACUUCAGCGGAGACAGCUGUCCCGGGAACAGCUGGGUGGAGGGCCGCAGAUGAACAGCCGCUCUAGAGACCAUCUGGAGACGGCGGGCGGCGGCGGUGUUGGGGGCGCUAACGGGGCAGGGCCUUGUCGGGAGUGGCUGCGUUCGCUACCACCACGUCAAGGCACCCACCCCGAUCAAACGCUACCUCCAUCCAUCAGCGAGGAACCCCACCAACAGCAGCACGACGUCCUCCCCACCCGCCGCGGCCGGCUCGACUCGGCGCCCUCGUGUAGGUACCCCCCACCCCUCAGCGGGGUGUCGGCCUUGCUGCCUCCGUCGUCGUCCAUGAGCGGGGCGGCUUCAGGCAUGAUGCCCGACAGACCCCCCUCCAACGAGCACCUGGACAUUCUCUCGUCCAUCCUGGCCUCCUUCAGUUCCAAUGUCCUGGCCCCCCCGCCCAACCCCAACGCCCCCCCACAGGGCACCGGGCCCUCCCCUUCCCCGCCCCACUCUGCUACUUCCCACAGCAUCUCGGAGGUCUCCCCCGACGCCGAAAUCAACAGAAGUGAAAGCCAGUCUUGAUGACACCCCCUCCAACCCUAUUCCAUGAUUCUCUUCAUCUCAUGAGAAGGACUCUGAGACAGGAAGUGUCUUGCAGGAGUAGCCUACCUACUGUAGUUACCCUGGCGACGGCAAGGGACACGAGACUGGCCGCUACAAAGAGGAGUCUUCUGGGUGUGAAAGGACACAAACUCAAAAACUACAGAGACAGAAAAAGAUGACUAUGUGACAUACUACAAGCAGAUCUCGGACUUCAGGCCUAAAACAUGUACCAGAGAGGAUCAGAGAAAACAAAUACGGAAACUGUAAAUAACAUUUUUAUACAUUUUUUGUAUCUUUUUCAUUGGAGAUUAUGGCGAAGAAAAAAAAAUCUCUUGUGAUGUUUUUUGCAAAUUGUUUGUCCAAACAGGGUGGUGAGAGGUGUUGAGGAUUUAUUUUUCAGAAAGCCAGAACUCAGCCUAAAGCCUGUCCUGACCUGCUCCAUAGUUUUACCUGACCAGUCAUAUCGUACAACUCUAAAUGAGCGAAACACAGACACGCGCACACACACACACACACACAC